UAAUCCCUUUACUCCCAAAGGGCGCGGAGCUCCACCGACCGCCCGGUCCCCGCCACUCUCCCUCCCUGCGUCCGCCCUCCUAGCUCUUCCUGUUUUCACUCCUCCUUUUCAUUCAUAACAAAAGCUCCAGCUCCAGGAGCCCGGCGCCAGGCUGUUUCUGAGCCAAGCGUGGAAGAAUGGGGUUCCUUUGGACCGGCACUUGGAUUCUGGUGUUGGUGCUCCACAGCAGCCCACUUCAAGCUUUCCCCAAACCGGGAGGCAGCCAAGACAACCCCCUACAUAAUAGAGAAUUGAGUGCAGAAAGGCCUUUGAAUGAACAGAUUGCUGAAGCAGAAGCAGACAAGAUUAAAAAGACAUACCCUCCAGAAAACAAGCCAAGUGAAAGCAAUUAUUCCUUUGUUGACAACCUGAACCUACUAAAGGCAAUAACAGAAAAGGAAAAAAUUGAGAAGGAAAGACAAUCCAUAGGAAGCUCCCCAUAUGAUAAUAAAUUGAAUGUGGAAGACGUCGAUUCAACCAAGAAUCGAAGACUGAUUGAUGAUUAUGAUUCUACUAAGAGUGGACUGGAUCAUAAAUUUCAAGAUGAUCCAGAUGGCCUUCACCAACUAGAUGGAACUCCUUUAACUGCAGAAGACAUUGUCCAGAAAAUUGCUACCAGGAUUUAUGAGGAAAAUGACAGAGGGGUUUUUGACAAGAUCGUUUCUAAACUGCUGAAUCUUGGCCUGAUCACAGAAAGCCAAGCACACACACUGGAAGAUGAAGUAGCUGAGGUUUUACAAAAAUUGAUCUCAAAGGAAGCCAACAAUUAUGAGGAGGAACCCAGUAAACCCACAAGCAGGACCGAGAGUCAAGCUGGAAAAAUCCCAGAGAAAGUGACUCCAAUGGCAGCAAUUCAAGAUGGUUUUACUAAUGGAGAAAAUGAUGAAACAGUAUCUAAUACCUUAACCUUGACGAAUGGCUUGGAAAGGAGAACUAAAAUCUACAAUGAAGACAAUUUCGAGGAACUUCAAUAUUUCCCAAACUUCUAUGCACUCCUGAAAAGUAUUGAUUCAGAAAAAGAGGCAAAAGAGAAAGAAACGCUGAUUACCAUCAUGAAAACGUUGAUUGACUUUGUGAAGAUGAUGGUGAAGUACGGCACCAUAUCCCCAGAAGAAGGCGUCUCCUACCUCGAAAACUUGGAUGAAACAAUUGCUCUUCAGACCAAGAACAAGCUAGAAAAAAAUGUCACUGACAAUAAAAGCAAGCUUUUCCCAGUGCCAUCAGAAAAGAGUCAUGAAGAAACAGAUAGUACCAAGGAAGAAGCAGCUAAGAUGGAAAAGGAAUAUGGAACCUUGAAGGAUACAACAAAAAAUGAUGACUCCAACCCAAGAGGAAAGACAGAUGAGCCAAAAGGGAAAACAGAAGCCUAUUUGGAAGCCAUCAGAAAAAAUAUCGAAUGGUUGAAGAAACACGACAAAAAAGGAAAUAAAGAAGAUUAUGACCUUUCAAAGAUGAGGGACUUCAUCAACCAACAAGCGGAUGCCUACGUGGAGAAAGGCAUCCUUGAUAAAGAAGAAGCUGAUGCCAUCAAGCGUAUUUACAGCAGCCUGUAAAAGUGGCAAAAGAUCCAGGAGUCUUUCGACCAUUUCAGAAAACAUAAUAUAGCUGAAAACACUUCUAAUUCUGUGAUUAAAGUUAUUUUGACCCAAGGAUUAUUAGAAAGUGCUGAAUUUACAGUAGUUAACCUUUUAGAAGUGGUUAAAACAUAGCUUUCUUGCCAUAAAAACUAUCUGAAAAGUAAAGUAUGUAAGCUAAGAGUUGUAUAUAGAAUCCUUAUUUCCUUAUAGAUUUAUAGUCAGAGAUACGUUGCUUUGGAAAAGCCUAUAAUGGGCUGAACUUAAAACCGAAACUCCUGCUGUGUUACACUCACAAGCACCCCCUGAAGAAUUGCGGGGUUCUGUUUUCAAGGCAUGCUGGGUAACAAAGCACCUCAUAGAAUAUCUCUGUUACAAGAUGUUGU